AUCUCUCCAGAAAAACAUUAAAAAUGUCGGCUGCUCCGCUCACUCACCCCUCCAUCGUUGACGGCUGGUUCCGCGAGAUUUCUUCGCAGUGGCCUGGCCAGGCCAUGACCAUCAAGGUCAAGAAGAUUCUCCACCACGAGAAGUCGCUCUUCCAGGAUGUCCUCGUCUUCGAGUCGGAGACCUACGGCAACGUCCUCGUCCUCGACGGCGCCAUCCAGGUUUCGGAGCGUGACGAGUUCUCGUACCAGGAGAUGAUCACCCACCUCCCCAUCAACUCGCACCCCAACCCCGAGCAGAUCCUUGUCAUCGGCGGUGGUGACGGUGGUGUCAUCCGUGAGGCCCUCAAGCACAAGUCGGUCAAGAAGGUCACCCUUUGCGACAUUGACGAGGCCGUCAUCCGCGUCUCCAAGCUCUACCUCCCCGAGCUCUCCAAGUGCUACAACGACCCCCGUGUCGAGGUCUUCAUCGGCGACGGCUUCAAGUUCCUCCCCCAGCACGAGAACGAGUACGACGUCAUCAUCACCGACUCGUCGGACCCCGUCGGCCCCGCCGCCGCCCUCUUCGAGGCCCCCUACUUCACCCUCCUUGAGCGCGCACUCAAGGCCGGUGGUCACAUGUCGACCCAGGGCGAGUGCCUCUGGCUCCACCUCCCCCUCAUCAACGACCUCCGUCUUACCACCAAGAAGAUCUUCCCCGUUGCCGAGUACGCCUACACCACCAUCCCCACCUACCCCUCGGGCUCGAUCGGUUUCCUCGUCUGCUCCAAGGAGCCUACCCGUGACCUCACCAAGGCCCUCCGCACCGUCCCCGACACCAAGUACUACAACUCGGAGAUCCACUCGGCCUCGUUCGUUCUCCCCGAGUUCGGCAAGGUCAUGAUCGAGACCGGCAAGAACAUCCUCCCCGUCUUCGGUGGUGUCCGCCCCGGAGAGUCGACCACUCAGCAGUCGGGCAAGAAGGUCCUCCUCCUCGGCUCGGGCCUCGUUGCCGAGCCCGCCGCCAAGUACCUCACUGAGCGCGGCCACCAGCUCACCAUCGGCUGCCGUACCCUCGCCACCGCCCAGGAGCUCGCUUCGGGCCUCGAGAACGCCACCCCCAUCUCGGUCGACGUCUCGUCCCCCGAGGCUCUCCGCGCCGCCGUCAAGGGCAACGACGUUGUCAUCUCGCUCGUCCCCUACGCCCACCACCGUGCCGUCAUGGAGGCCGCCCUCGCUGAGAAGGCCCACGUCGUCACCACCUCGUACAUCAACCCCCAGAUGCGCGAGCUCGACCAGCAGUUCAAGGACGCUGGCCUCACCUGCUUCAACGAGAUUGGUCUUGACCCCGGAGUUGACCACCUCUACGCCGUCAAGAUCAUUGACGACGUCCACAAGGCCGGCGGCAAGGUCAAGUCGUUCUACUCGUACUGCGGUGGCCUUACCGAGCCCGCUGCCUCGGACAACGCCCUCGGCUACAAGUUCUCGUGGUCGCCCGUCGGUGUCCUCCUCGCCCUCAAGAACAACGGUCGCUUCCUCAAGGACGGCAAGCCCGCUGACGUCAAGGGUGGCCGUGAGCUCAUGGAGUUCGCCAAGCCUUACUACUUCACCCCCGCGUACAACCUUGUCGCCUACCCCAACCGCGACUCGUCCGUCUUCCGCGAGUUCUACAACAUCCCCGAGGUCCAGAACCUCAUCCGCGGCACCAUGCGCUACGGCGGCUUCUGCGAGGUCGUCUCGGCCUGGACCGACCUCGGCCUCCUCGAGGACACCCCCAACCCCCUCGUUGCCGCCAACGCCGCUCCCCUCACCUGGCUCGAGCUCACCGCCAAGCUCCUUGGCGUCGAGGCCGACUCUUCGGCUGUCUCGGCCAAGAUCCUCGCCCUCCCCUCCAUCCCCAAGGGCCAGGAGAAGAUCAUCCUCCAGAAGUUCGCUUCGCUCGGCCUCCUCUCGGACGAGAAGGUUGCCGGCAAGGAGACCCUCCUCCGCACCCUCUCCAACCUCCUCGAGUCCAAGUGCCAGUUCCAGCCCGGAGAGGUCGACCUUGUCCUCCUCCAGCACACCUUCGAGGUCGUCCGCGCCGACGGCAAGGAGGAGACGAUUGUCGCCUCGCUCGAGGAGUACGGCUCGCGCACUGGCGGCCCCUCGGCCAUGGCCAAGCUCGUCGGUGUUCCUUGCGGUCUUGCCGUCCAGCUCAUCCUCGAGGGCGCCCUCAACAAGCCCGGUGUCCACGCUCCUUACGACGAGCCCACCGCCAAGCUCUUCCGUGACCGCCUCGAGAAGGAGGAGGGCAUCAACAUGGUCGAGAAGGUCUUCUAAGUCGUAGUUAUUAUUCAUAGCACUAAAAGCGGACCGAAAGGGAUGCAAAGUAACGCACUUGCAUGAUGACAACGGGUGUGUGGU